AUGCCCGCCAGCUUCCCCAUGAUCGCCGCCCUGCUGGGAGACCUGGACAACAGAGACGGACAGGGGACGGUCUUCUACCGGCAGGACAGAAGCCCGGCGGUCCUGAGUCGAGCCGCUGAGCACAUCACUCAAGCUUUCCCCAGAGACGAAGGAGUGGAGCCCCUCAACGUCCUCGUGGUCACCUGGGUGGACAUGGCUGCUCGGGGGACAUCAGGUCGAGGAGACCGAGUGGACACCAAGAGAAACACAUUCCAGCUGGUUGUGGCCUCCAUGAAGUCCUCCUCCUUUGCCAUCCUCUUAUACCCGACAGACGGCCUGCAGUUCCUCUCCACGUCUGUUGGGGGACUUGUCCCUGGUCUUCAUGAGGACGAAGGUACAACCGGACCUCCUGUGACGGUGUUGCCAGAUCGACCCGAUGAGCAGCAGGAGGUGGAGGUUUCCACCGACACGACCCAGAUGAUGGUGUCAAGUGAAGCAGCAACAGAAGAAAAGGAGGAGCUCCCCACUGAGAGCACCACUGGGUAUCAAACUGGUUCCACAGAGGCUGAAGGCAUCACACCAGGGUUUGUCAAACCAGAACAUGAAGAGCAAUUUCCAGAAUCCGAGACGGUCACAUACAACAGUCCUGAGAGGGUUCAUCCACGUUACCCAGACAAUCCUGAACCAGUCCAACCACGAUACAUCAGUCCUGAACCAGUCCUACCAGUGCCCCCCCAUUCACAGCCCCAGCACCCCCAGGUUGUUGUGGUGGAUGAGGACGAAGAUCUGGAUGUAAAUGUGUUUUCGUACAAUCUGGAGACUUGUGAGCACAACAGACACAAGUGCUCUAAGUUUGCGGAUUGUCGUGAUUACAGUGACGGGUUCUGCUGCCACUGCCGGCCGGGCUUCUACGGCAGCGGGAAGGACUGCGUGGCCGAAGGUAAACCUCAGAGGAUGAACGGGAAGGUCAAAGGUCGAGUGCUGGUCGGGGACUCGCCGGUGGAGCUCAGGAACAACGACCUGCACUCGUACGUGGUGGCCAAUGACGGACGGGCCUACGUGGCCAUCAGCAGCGUCCCCCCCAGCCUGGGCCCGUCCCUGCAGCCGCUGUCCUCCCUGGGGGGGGUCAUCGGCUGGGCCUUCGCCCUGGAGCAGCCGGGCUUCCACAACGGCUUCAGUCUAAUUGGUGGCGUGUUCUCCCGACAGGCGGAGGUGAUCUUCCAGCCUGGAAACGAGCGUCUGAGCAUCAAGCAGCAGUUUGAAGGCAUCGACGCUCACGAGCACCUGGUGGUGAGCACGGAGCUGGAGGGGCGGCUCCCCCCCAUCCCACUGGGAGCCUCGGUUCAGAUCAGCCCGUACCAGGAGAUCUACCAGUACGACACAAACUUGAUCACCUCCUCCUCCAACCGCGACUACACCAUCACCUCCCCCGACGGCACGGUCCAGACCAGGAGCUACCAGUGGCGUCAGACCAUCAGCUUCCAGAGCUGCCCUCACCACCAGGUGACCGGGGCAGCUCCUUCCACCCAGCAGCUCAGCGUGGACCAGAUCUUUGUGAUGUUUGAUGCCGACAACAAUCUGACCCGCUACGCCAUGAGCAACAAGAUCGGCUCGGUCCAGGGAAGUCCUCCGGAGCAGAAUCCAUGUUUCACCGGCCGACACGGCUGCGACAUCAACGCCGUGUGCCGCCCGCAGCCCGGCCUCCGCUCCACCUGUCAGUGCACCGCCGGCUUCACCGGGGACGGACGCUACUGCCACGAUGUUGACGAGUGCAGGGAGACGUCCUGGAUCUGUGGGUCCAACUCCGUCUGCAGCAACCAGCCGGGGACGUUCCGCUGUGAGUGUCUCACCGGGUUCACGUCCACCAGCGAUGGAAGGACCUGCGUCGAGGAGCAUCGUGCGGUGGAUCACUGUCGGACAGGAAGUCACGACUGCGAUGUCCCGGACCGAGCGUCCUGCAGCUACACCGGGGGCUCGUCCUACGUCUGCUCGUGUCUCCCGGGCUUCGAGGGGGACGGACGCUCGUGUCACGACGUGGACGAGUGUCGGCUGGAGCGUUGCCACGGUGACGCCUUGUGCUCCAACACGCCCGGCUCCUUCACCUGCCAGUGCCGCCCUGGUUUCCAUGGUGAUGGACACCAGUGCAGGCCCAUGUCCUCAGGUAUUAACCACGCAGUGACUCCUCCCCCUCUGGGUCCCACGCCGCGGCCGGACGUGCAGCCCGUCUCCCCGGGGACACACCUGCUGUUUGCUCAGAGCGGGAGAAUCGAACUGCUUCCUCUGGACGGAUACAGCAUGAGGACAGAGGACGCCAAGCCUCUGCUGCACGUCCCUGACCGGGUGGUGAUCGCCAUCGCCUACGACUGUGUGGACAAGAUGGUUUAUUGGACAGACAUCACAGGGCCAGCAAUCAGCCGGGCCAGUCUGAGCGGCGGAGACGUCACCCCAGUGGUCACUGAAGAGCUGCAGAGUCCUGAGGGCGUGGCCAUCGACCACGUGUCCCGCCUCCUCUUCUGGACGGACUCCAUGAGGGACACGGUGGAGGUGUCACAGCUGGACGGCAGCCAGAGACGAGUCCUGUUCGAUUCCGACCUCGUCAACCCCCGAGCCAUCGUCACCAACCCCCCGUACGGGCGUCUCUACUGGGCGGACUGGGACAGGGACGGACCUAAGAUCGAGACGUCCAACAUGGACGGGACGGAGCGCAGCGUCCUGGUGAAAGACGACCUGGGACUUCCCAACGGUUUGACCUUUGACCUGGACACCCAGCAGCUGUGUUGGGCCGAUGCAGGGACUCAUAAGGUCGAGUGUAUGGAUCCUCAUCGACGAAUCAGGAGACAGAUCGUCGACAGGAUCCAGUUUCCAUUCGCUCUGGUGUCGCUAGGACGGAAACUGUACUACACCGACUGGAGGAGAGAGGCCGUGGUCUCCGUGGACCGUCUCUCGGAGACGGAGACGGACGAGUUCCUGCCACAGAGACGCUCGCGCCUGUACGGCAUCACCACGGCAACCACACAGUGUCCACAAGUUUAUAAUUACUGCAUCAACAACGGCGGCUGCUCUCACCUGUGUCUGCCGCGGCUCGGAGGCUUCAGCUGCCGCUGCCCGGACGCCGGGCGCUGUGAGGACAGGACGUCCUGA